AUGAAGAAAAUAAAAACUUUAUUUCGCGCUCUAUCUUUGUCCUCUGAAUACGAUAAGAUCCUACUAAAAAUCUAGUCAUCAGAAGAUUACCUUAGGCCAACUGAAGAUAUGAUAAUGAAAUUAAAAGAUGGGUUAGAAGGACAUGACUAAGAAUUAUGUUAGUAAAAAGCAAUUUAAGAGCUUUUUAGCUCUGCUAAAUUGUAUGAGAAUUGGAAUUAAGCAAUAAAGAUGUUUUAUAUACUGCACAAGCUAGUUCAUAUGAUGAAGCUAAAUGUGACUUAUAUUAUAACUGAAAAUGACAUCACAUAGCAAUUAAAAGCAAAUUUAAAGAUUAAUAAUCAAUGUGAUGAAGUUCAUGUGCCAAUUAUGCUUAAAUAUUACUAGUUUUUAAGAUUGAUUUCUAAAAAUUUUAGUGAAUUCUAUCAAUGCGAGUAGUACUUUUAGUCUGAAAGCUUGGAGUAUUUAAAAUAGAAAAGCAUAUAGGAAAUUAUUAACACCAUUUAACCUCUAAUAAGCAUUCUAAAAAAUGUUUUCAGAGUCACACAAAAUCUAUCAUUUUCAUUGCAAAAUUACUCAAAAUUUGAAAUUAUUAAAUAUGCAAGUUGUAUGUUAAUUAAGGACUCAAUUAUGAUUUACGAUUUUGUUAGCGAUGUUAUGACAACAAUUAAAGAUUUAAUCUUAACAGAAAGCUAAAGUGUAAGUUUAUAAAUUUAUGAAGCUUAUGAAGAAAUAGUAAUCCUCACUAAGAAUAUAGAAAAAAUCUACGACUUAAGAAAUUUGACUGUCGAUCCUUAUAUUAAAAAACCAAAAUAUUUUAAGAUUGAUAGGGAAAACAAUAGAAAAAUUGAACUACAUAUUAACUAAAUACAGAAAAGAGUGUAUAAUUCAGACAAUGUAGCCGCUACAGUAAACAAAUCUGUUAAUGAAUCAAAUUUUAACAAUUAAAUUGAAUAAAUAUCUCCUAUCAAAGAUCAACAAUCAAAUAAAUAAGCUCAGUAAAAUAGAAGAAAUAGAGAAAUGAUGAAAUACUCAAGCAAAGACACAGUACUAACUACUUGCGGAUCUUAUAGCAACAGAAUAAUCUACACAGAAUUAGAAAAUUUAAAUUAAAAAAAUAAAAAUGGUUCAUAAGAAGAGACAAAAUAGCUUCGUAACUCAGAUUCACCAAAUAAUGCUGAGAGUUAUGAUAAUAUUGAUGAUGGUUCUAAAUAAUUUUUUUCUAAAUAUGAAAAUCCUGAAAUUUCAGAAAAUAAAGAAGAUUAAAAUUAGUAAAAUUUAUUUGAUGAUGAAUGUAACGAAAACCAAAGGAUAUACAUAAAUAAUCUUUGCUCAAAAAAUGAUAAAAUAUAACCUGUUAUGAAAAAAGAAAAAUAAGAUUAGAGGAAAAUAUUAAACAACUAGCUAAUAGAAAAAAACGAAAAUUAAUAAAUUAAGAAUGAUAUCAUAAAAUCUAACUCUGUAAUAAAGCUUGAUGUUUGA